AUGAAAGUGCAGAAAGUCUCGCCUCGUUCCACACACGUGCAGCCAAACGCGACUAAGCGUAAAAAUAAGUGGCGGCUGCAUAACAGGAGAGCACUCGGUUUGAACUCUUCUGAUCUUAGUCCAAACUCGACCUUCGCCAAGGUAGAGCAUCAGUUAGCCAACAGGGAGAAGUCCCACUUGAAGCGAUUAAAGAAACUGCAUGCGAAACGUAUAAUUCUGAGCCUCGAGGACAGUUCUUCCGUUAAAGCGAAGGACAGGGACCAGCCGGGGACUUUCUCUCAUGUCCACACCAAUGGAGGAGGGACAGAGUUGGAGGUCAAUAGUAAUUCAGAGGACUCCCAAGACUGGCGCUCCUAUGCAAAAUCUGUCCUUCAGAAUGGCGUGGAAUGCUCUGCGGGUCAGGAGAGCCCAGAUGCAGCUUCCCCAGAGCAGUUGGAAGAAGAGGAGCUUCAGUACCAUGCCCAGCUUGACCGCAGUCACAACCGCACAAUACUGGUCAUGCAACAAGGCCAGACCUUGUGUUUCCGUGGGAAGUGCCUGCUUACGUGUCUGUAUGGUCGAGUUGAAGUGUUGGGAUUCACCAUAGAGGAGGGCCAGCAACCCUACCCCAUGUUCUCACCCCCCUCCCACUGUCCACUCACCAUCACAGCCUUGGGAGACAACUCCCCAACCAUCAAGAGCAGGAAAGAGGGUCGCCUGGAGGCCAAGGCCAUCAUCCGCAAAUACCUGUCCACUGAGCCACGGAAGAGACUGCUGAGCGAGGUGGACGCAGACUCCUGUGUGGUCCUGCUCGAGCCCCUGGACACGCCUCUUACACGCUUUCUCACCAGCUUCACAGAACUGAACCAGCUCUUCAACCUCAGUGCAAAAGAGCUUAGGUCACAGGCCGCCAUCUAUAACCCUGCUCUCUCUGCCGUGGGUGUGACUGCCCUACGUGGACCAUUUGGGCGGGGCCUGGUGAUGUCACAAAGUUACAGGCAGGCCUUAAGUAGCUUACUCAGUGCCUGGGCAGGGGAGUUUGACCGCUGCCCUGUAAUCCUGGUGUGUGGGGCCAAAAACUCUGGCAAGUCCACCUUCGUCCGGCAUCUUAUCAACAGUCUUCUGAAUCACACUGCGAGUGUGGACUAUCUGGAGUGUGAUCUGGGCCAGACGGAGUUUACUCCUCCUGGUUGUCUGUCUCUUAUCACAGUCACAGAACCACUGUUAGGUCCACCGUUCACGCACCAGCAGGACCCAGAGCACAUGGUGUUUUAUGGACAGCCAGACUGCCAGUCUGAUCUGGACCGGUACCUGGACUCUCUGAAGUCUCUGUGGCGCUAUUACAGUGGCGAGAACCCCGUCAUCAUUAACACCAUGGGCUGGGUCAAAGGUCAUGGCUUCCAGGUUCUGGUGGAUCUCAUUCGCUUUUUCUCCGUCACCCACGUGGUGCAGCUCAGCUAUGGGGACACGCCUCAGUGUCAGAGCCUCACUCCUGAGUUCAUGCGCUCCGCCCACGGCUUUCAGACACACCCUCCAGCCCCGCCCACACUGGGAGAUGAGUCGGACAAUCAUGCCACAGCGCGGAAUCACGUGCUCCUCGCUGUCCGAUCAGAAUUUGAGGGGGCGGGCAGCGCCGGCGAAACGAGACACCAGCGCAGUAAUGAGCUUCGUGACCUGGCCCUGUUGGGUUAUUUCAGUCAGCUCCAGUCUCCUGAGCCCGGCCCAAUCCGUCCUCUCCACUGCUUUGUCCCAUACCAGGUGCCCCAUUCUGCCGUGGCCAUUGGCGUGACCCACUGUGAAGUGGCGCCCAACCACAUCCUCUAUGCAGCCAAUGCCAGCCUGGUGGGGCUAUGUUGUCUGGGGGAGAAGGUAUCGGGCAGGGGAGGCCCCGUUCUACUGUCCCAAACGCCCAUCUGUCAGUGUGUGGGCUUAGGUGUCCUGAGAGGAGUGGACAUGUCACGAGGACUUUACUUUGUGGUGACCCCUGUGUCUCCCAUGGUCUUAAGACAAGUCAACUGUCUGCUACUGGGAGAGGUCACCUUGCCUAAAGCUCUCCUCACUGUGCAGCCUGGAGUAGAGGGAGAGUUACCAUACGUCACGACUGACUACAGUUUUGAAGUCAAAGGAGCGGGAAAGGUUCAUGUUUUCAAAGGACUGAUGAGACCUGCUUUCGUUAAAACUAAAACAAACAACUAAGUGCUUAUGACAACAGACUGAGCUCUCAAAGCAUAUUGUUUUCACCUUGUA